AUGCUCCGUGGCCAGUUAACCACGCUGCUGGGUCUGUUCAGUGGGGUGUGGCUACCCACAGGCUCAGGGAGGCCUAGGGUCCCAUCUACCCCUACUCAGGCCUGGGCUGCUGCCAAUCACAGCUGGACUCUGGAUCCUCUGGUACCAGCCUCUGCCCUGGGUAGCUGGAAGGCCUUCUUGAGUCUACAAGACAAACAGCAAGGAGCAGGUGGGCUGCAGGGAGGGCAGAGAGAGGCUGCUGGUGUGUCUUUACCCUUGGUCCCCCAGGAAGUACUCCAGGAGACUUGUAAAGCUGUGGCCUUUAUUCAGGUGCUCUCCAGGCCUGGUUGCACAGCGGCCAGGGUCCUUAAUCAUCUGUGUUUUGGACAUUGUUCCUCCUUCUACAUUCCCAGCUCAGAUCCCACCCCGGUCGUCCUCUGCAACAGCUGUGUGCCAGCUCAAAAGCGCUGGACAUCGGUGGUGCUGUGGUGUGGGGCUGGCCAUAAAGCCUCCCCUCGGCGGCUGAGGGUGACUGUUACCCUAGUGCAGAAGUGCCAGUGUGGCCCGAAGCUGUGAGCUGAGUGUCGUGGAGGAUUGCACAGGAUCUGAACCUCGGAAAGAAACAGGAGAUGCCAUAGAAAGACGUGACCUGAAUUAUGUACAUUAGGUCAAGAGAUCAGGGUUAGGAGGACAGAUGGACAGGUCCACAAGGUCCUCGUCUGCUCCUGGAACACGAGACAUGGUCCCCCAGUCAUGGGUUUAGACCACUAAUAGUCAUAGCA